AUGGCGGCGGAGGCUUCGACGGCUCAGCUGGCCUUGUCUUUCUACCAGAAGAUGGGGAAGAAGGGUCGGCCUCAGGGUGCUGCCGAGAUCCAGUGCAGUCAGUGUGGAAGAAGGGUGUCCAGAACAUCAGGUCAUUACCAUGAACUUCAGUGUGGACAUGCUUUUUGUGAGCUGUGCUUGUUAGUAACUGAAGAAUACAGCACAAUUAUAUGCCCUGAUUGUGAGGUUGCUGCUACUAUAAAUAUGAGACAAGGCUACUACCCAAUAGAUGAAUAUAUUAAAGAAGACUCUUUAAUGGAAAAAGUGCCACCUAAAAUGAUUAACAGUUGUUCUCAGGAAUUUGAGAAGACUGCUCAUCAGCUAACUAUUGGUUUAGAACAUUCAACCUCCACACGUAGGACUGUUUCGAACUCAUCAGCUGUCAUGUCGGAGAUUAAAACUGCUGAAGAAAUUGAUGAAGCAUUGAAGAUAGCAGGCUCUAAUUUUGAACAAUUAAGUAUUGCUGUAAAAAUGCUUGAACAUAUUCAGAAUCAAACAAGAAAGGAGACAGAAGGUGUUAUAGGGGUUGUGGAGAAAAAAUUUGACCAACUUUUUGCUUGUCUUGAUUCCAGGAAAAAGAACCUGUGUGAAGAACUUGUAAGAAAUACAGAUGAUUAUCUAUCAAAUUUAACAAUGACUAAAAGCUACAUUGAAGAGAAAAAGAAUGAUUUGGAUGCAGCUAUGAAGAUAGCAAGAGAGUUAAAAUCAGCACCUUCUCUAAGAACAUAUUGUGACCUUAAUCAGAUUAUCCGGACGUUGAAGUUAACAUUAGAUAGUGAAUUGUCACAAGUUAGCUCUCUAAAACUAAGGAGCCUUCCCAGGUUGAAUAUGAAUUGCAGUGAGAUCAUCUGUAUGUUCAAUAAUAUGGGAAAGAUUGAAUUUGAGGACUCAAAAUGUUAUCCUCAAGAAAAUGAGAUUGGACAAAAUGUUCAAAAGAAAUAUUAUAAAAAACAACUCUCUUGUUAUGAUACAUGCCCAUCACUAGAACAAAAAAAGGCUGACAUGUCUGUCUCAACCAAUGAGACACCACCACCUCCGUUACAACAGGAAACCGGUGAUGUUCACUUAGAAGCAAAAAACUUCCAGCCAGAAAAAGAAGUUGUUGCAAUGGCAUCCCCUAAAACCAUUGCUGUGUUCCCUCAAAUGGGAUCUAGCCCUGAUGUGAUAAUUGAAGAAAUUAUUGAAGAAAACCUGGAAAGUUCUCCAGAGCUGGUUUUUGUAAGCCAUGUAAUACAUCCUUGCCACUUUUACAUUCGGAAGUAUUCACAAAUAAAAGAUGCAACAUUAUUGGAAAAGAAGGUGAAUGAAUUUUGCAAUAAGAGUUUACACCUUGAUCCUUCAGACAUUUUGGAGCUAGGUGCAACAAUAUUUGUCAACAGUAUUGAAAAUGGAAUGUGGUGUCGAGGAACCAUCACUGAAUUAAUUCCAAUAGAAAGUAAAAAUACCAGAAAACCUUGUAGUCCAACCAAAUUCUCAGUUCGUGAAGUUGCAUUAAUGCAAAUAUUCAUGGUAGAUUUUGGAAAUUCAGAAGUCCUAAUUGUUGCAGGAAUUGGUGAUAGUCACAUGACACCAGAACACAUUGCUGAGCAGCAUAUUGUACUUGAUGAUUUAUGUCUGAUUCUAAGAAAGUCUGACUUGUACAUUAAAGGGCUGCUGAAAGACAUACAGCCGUUAGCACAGCCUUGCUCGUUGAAAGACAUUGUUCCACAGAAGUCAAAUGAAGGCUGGAAAGAGGAAGCUAAAGUGGAAUUUUUGAAAAUGGUAAAUAACAAGGCUGUUUUAAUGAAAGUUUUUAGAGAAGAAGAUGGUGUGCUUAUUGUAGAUCUACAGAAACCACCAACAAAUAAAAUAAGCAGUGAUAUGCCUGUGUCUAUUAGAGAUGCAUUAGUUUUUAUGGAACUAGCAAGGUUUAGGUCACAAUCACCAAGAAGUUACUCUGAAAAAAAUACAGCUUUACAUUACCAUCCACCUAUUUUGCCUGAAGAAACAACAGAUGUUUCCGUUAUGGUUUGUCAUAUAAACAGUCCUACUGAUUUCUAUCUUCAAUUGAUAGAUGGCCUGGAUUUUUUAUUAUUAUUAAAGACAAUUGAGGAAUUUUAUAAAAGUGAAGAUGGAGAAAAUCUGGAAAUCCUCUGUCCAGUUCAAGAUCAAGCCUGUGUAGCUAAAUUUGAAGAUGGAGUUUGGUAUCGAGCAAAAGUCACUGGAUUGCCUGGGCAUCGAGAAGUUGAAGUUAAAUAUGUGGACUUUGGUAAUAGUGCAAAAAUAACAGUUAAAGAGAUGCGUAAAAUAAAAGAUGAUUUUCUGAAUAUCCCAGAGAAGGCAAUUAAAUGUAAGCUGGCUUACAUUGAACCAUGUAAAGGGACGGUGCAGUGGUCCAUAAAAGCUAAAGAAAAAUUUGAAGAAAAGACUCAAGAUAAAUUUAUGACAUGUUCAGUUAUUAAAAUUCUGGAAGACAGUGUGCUCCUAGUUGAGCUUUUUGAUUCUCAUAGUGCUCCAGGAAUGACUCCUACUAGUAUUAAUGACCAGCUUGUCAAAGAGGGUCUAGCAUCUUAUGAAGUAGGAUACACUCUCAAAGAUGAUUCUAAAAAGCAUAUUGAAGUAUGGGAUCCUUCUCCAGAAGAAAUUAUCUCAAAUGAAGUAAACAACUUAAAUGCUGUGUCUACAAAAUGUCUACCUAAUGAGAAUUUCCAAUCACUUUAUAAUAAGGAACUGCCUGUGCAUAUCUGUAAUGUGGUAUCUCCUGAGAAGAUUUAUGUUCAGUGGUUAUUAACAGAAAAUCUACUUAAUAGUUUAGAAGAAAAGAUGAUAGCUUUUUAUGAAAACUCAAAAUGGAAACCUGUUAAAUGGGAAAAUGACAUGCAUUGUGCUGUUAAGAUCCCAGAUAAGAAUCAGUGGCGAAGAGGCCAGAUCAUCAGAAUGAUUACAGACACAUUGGUAGAGGUCUUGCUGUAUGAUGUGGGUGUUCAACUAGUAGUGGAUAUUAACUGCUUAAGAGAACUUCAAGAAAAUCUAAGAACAAUGGGAAGAUUAUCUUUGGAAUGCUCUCUUGUUGAUAUAAGACCAACUGGUGGGAGUGACAAGUGGACAGCAACAGCUUGUGACUGUCUUUCAUUGUACCUGACUGGAGCUAUAGCAACGAUAAUCUUACAGGUAGGUAGUGAGGAAAACAGCACAACAUGGCCACUACCUGUGAAAAUUUUCUGCAGAGAUGAAAAAGGAGAGCGUGUUGAUGUUUCCAAAUAUUUGAUUAAAAAGGGUUUGGCUUUGAGAGAAAGGAGAAUUAAUAAAUUCGAUAACAGCCACUUAUUAUCUGAGAAGUCUGUUGAAGUCCCCCUGGAACAAGAAAGUUCAGUAGUUACUAAUUGUGUUAAAGUUGACUCUGACCCUGACAAAAAAGCUGCUGAUAUAAUCAGUGAACACAAGUUGUCUGAAGUUAAGGAGAAAAUUCUAGAACCAAGAACCACUGGAUGCUAUAAACCACCAGCUAUUCCUAACAUGAAAGUAUUUGAGGCAGUAGUGACCUGCAUUGGUGAUGAUGGAACUAUAUUUGUAGUACCUAAACUAUCAGAAUUUGAGCUAGUAAAAAUGAUGGAUGAAAUACAGCGUAAUUUAAAAUGCCUUGGUCUUUUGGAACCUUAUUUCUGGAAAAAGGGAGAAGCCUGUGCAGUAAGAGGAUCUGAUACUAUGUGGUAUCGAGGCAAGGUGAUGGAAAUUGUAGGUGGCACCAUCAGGGUACAAUAUUUAGAUCAUGGAUUCACUGAGAAAAUUCCACAGUGUCAUCUUUACCCUAUUUUGUUAUAUCCUGAUAUACCCCAGUUUUGUAUUCCUUGUCAGCUCUAUAAUACCAUACCUGUGGGGAAUGUCUGGCAACCAGAUGCAAUAGAACUUCUUCAGGAGCUGCUUUCAAAGAGAGAGGUGGAAAUACACAUUAUGGAAUUACCAAAAAGUCCAUGGGAGAAGUUAUCCAUUCAUCUUUAUUUUGGUGGAAUGUCACUUUCUUAUUUUAUGGCACACUAUAAAUAUUGUACUUUUGAACAUUCUGAGGAGAUACUGAAAGAGAAACCAACAGAUUAUGAUAAAAAGUAUGAGGAAGAAGAAUGGGAAAUAAGAUUUGAGGAAUUGCUUUCCUCUGAAACAGAGACUGCUAUUUUACCACCAUAUUUGUCUUCAUCUCUACCUCCACCAGAAGAACUGUAUGCUGUUCAAGUAAAACAUGUUGUCUCACCUAAUGAGGUAUAUAUUUGCCUUGAUUCUGUAGAAAACUAUAAUCAGUGUAACCAGCACAGGGACACAGAUUAUAGUGGAGUCAGCUGGGAGUCAGAAUCCAAGAGCCUUGAUGAAGCACUGCAGAGGUGUAAUAAGAAUGUGGAGAUGUUUCCUCCUCUGACAGAUUUUAGAACAGAAAUGCCUUGCCUUGCAGAAUAUGAUGAUGGCUUAUGGUAUAGAGCAAAGAUUGUUUCCAUUAAAGAAUUUAAUCCUUUAACUGUUCUAGUACAGUUUGUUGAUUAUGGGUCAACUGAAAAGCUGACAGUAAACAGACUGCGUCAAAUUCCUCUUCAUCUCAUGCAGUAUCCAGCCCGAGCUGUAAAGGUUCUCUUGGCAGGGUUUAAACCUCCCCUAAAAGAUUCAGCAAAGACAAGAAUACCAUAUUGUCCCGAAUGGAGCAUGGAGGCAUUGUGGGCUAUGAUAGACUGUCUUCAAGGAAAGCAACUUUAUGCUUCUUCCAUGGCUCAGGCACCAGAACAAAUAGUGACAUUAUAUGAAGAUGAGCAGUACCCAGUUCAUAUGUCCUUAGUAGAAGUGGGGCUCGCAGACGCAGAUGAAUGAUGUAAGUUCUCCUUCCCCUCAGAGUCAGCAUAAGGCAUGGGAAUAACACAGUAAAGAUUAAUGCCAAAUUGGUCUUAAAGCACCCUUGGGUUCCCCUCGACUUCUCAAAGGAAUGAUAACAAAGCUCAAUAAGAAUCUCUCUUCCAGAUUUCUUCAUAGGCCCCUCUCACCUGUUAAACACCCAUGUGAAUAAGGCCCCAUAUAUAUGAUGUUUGGGAUGACCCUUGUGACUCCUAGUACCAGACAGGGGUGAGAGAGAGUGGGCACCAUGAUGUGUGCACAUGAAUGUUUGGUGUGCACCUAGAACUAUCGAACAGUGUACUCAUAACAAGUUAUUAAAAUACUUGGGUAACCAGCUAACUUUUUUAUCUUACCCAUAACAAGAGAUUAAACAACGAGAUCUGAACAUUAACAUUCAGCAAAGGUUUAAAAUAAAAUAUUUUGUUUUUCAGGUGCACAGUACAGAGCAUACGUAGCAGCCCAGAAGGAAGUUUUGUUGUAUUUAGACCAUUUGGGGAUUACUUUUCCUGACUUGUUCUGCAAUAGUGCUCCUAUCCCCACGCCAAUCCACCCCUACCUGGCUUAUUCUUACAUGUUGAACCACUAGAAAGUGUGUGGAAGAAAUCAGAAAGAACAGUUAAUAAAAAUUUGCUUUCAAACAUUUGCUUAUUUUAAUUUCAAAAUUAGACACAUGAAAAAGUUUGUUUCUUUUAUAACUAAUGAUUCAGUUUAAGAACUAAACUAUCAGUACAAUUGAAGCCUCCUGUAUUGCCUUCACUGCAGGAGCCUUCAAUGCAUCUCCCCUCUCAUGUGGAGAUGAGCAGUCCUAUUGUGAUUUGGUGAUUAUCAUUCUUAUAGGUUUUUAUAAUUUUAUUCUAUGAAUGUAUCCAUAAAUAAGAUAUAGUCUUGCUCUGUAUAUUUUUAAAUGUAUGUGGUAUCACACAAUUGUCUUAUUUUCUCACUAUCUGCACCAUGUAUCCAUGUUGGUACAUACAGCUUUAUCUUAUUUUCACUGCUACAUCCACAUGCUAAUUUAUUGUUAGAUAUUUAGUUUACCAGUUUUUUUGCAAUUACAAAUCUUCUGUAAGACCCUUGGGUACAUGUGAGAGGUUUUCUAGUACAUACAUAUAGUAGUGGAAUUGGCAGGGUCAUGGGGUAAUUGCGUUGUAAAAAGCAACUCUUCCAAUUUACUUCACUACCAAUUGCCUGAAUUCUUGCCUACACUUGGGUGUAGCCAGACCUUUAUUUGCCCAUUUCUUACUACGAUACUAGUAAGAAAAGUUAUCUCAAUGUUUUAAUGUGCUUGCUGGCUUGUUAGUGAACAUUCUCAGCAUGUUGUACUUUGUUUAUUGAUUGUUCAUAUCCUUUGUCUUCUAGUGAGUUGCUUGCAUUUUCCUAUUGAUUUGUAGAAAAGGGAUUGGUUAAUAAUCCUUUGUCAGGUAUAUGACAUGUCAGGCAUGUCUUUUCCCUUUUAUGCUGUAUCUUUUGACAAACUUUUCUCUCAUUUAUCAACUUUUUCCGUUAAAGUUUGUGCUUUUUGUGUCUCAUUUAAAAAUCCUUCCCCCCCCCCACGAGGUUAUAUAUUUAAAUCCAUUAUUUCCUUAGAAAAGUUUUAAAGUUUGUUCAUAUUCAGUCAUCAAAUCACCUGGAUUUGAUACAUUUUGGGUUUUUUUUACAUUUUCAACAUUGGUAUAUUUGCACAGGUAAAGUCUCACCUAAUUAUUACACAAAUUUACAAACAGGUGACCCACCCUUCCUUCAGUGGACACCAUUUUUGAAAAGUUGUAAACCAACCUUGUUAUAUAAUUGCUUUCUUUUCACUAUGAUUACUACCUAUUAUACUAUUUGACUUAUUUGUAUUCAUUCAUUGCUAUAAUCAGCAAAACUCUGUAAUAGGUAAAAUGCUCAAAUUUUGGUGCUAAUUGAACACAGUGAGCUGGAGAGCUUCCUUUACUUCUUAAGCCUGCUUUCUAUGCAGGUCUCUCCAUGGCUGAUGUGCCUGUGGGACAUCUGUGUGAUGUACUUCCUGUACUACAUUUUGUUUGAAAUAGUGUCUCACUCUGUCACUUGAGCUAGAGGGUAGUGGAUUCAUCAUAGCUCACUGUAGCCUCCAACUCCUGGGCUCAAGCCAUUCCCCUCUCUCCACCCAGCCUCCUAAAAGUGAUAGGGUUUCAGGCACAGACACCAUGCCUGGCCCUUCUUGGUUUUUAAUUAUUCUUCAACCAAUAAAAGCACUCACUAAAGAG